AUGAUCAUCAAUAUUUUGGUGAAUUCUCCAAUCGGUAGUGUAUUUCUUGGUUCUAUUGAUGCUAGCAAUGAAUCUACCGAUUCCACCAAAAUGUACAAGUUGUUUGAAAGCACUAUUGAAAGAAUUGAACCGAAUAAUGUUGUACAAAUUGUCACUGAUAAUGCUAGUGAGAAUGUUAAAGCGGGAAGCAUGAUGAUGGGUGCGUACCCACACAUUUAUUGGACUCCAUGUGCCGCUCAUUGCAUCAACUUGAUGUUUGGUGACAUAUUCAAGGUUAAGUCAUAUGCUUCCGUUUUUAAGAAGGCCAUCAAAAUCCAUUCUUACAUUAGUCAAAGGCCAUUGUUGUUAAACUUGAUGCGAAAAUUCACUAAGAAAAGAAAUUUGGUGAAACCGGCCAAGACAAGAUUUGCAACGGCCUUCUUAACUUUGAGAGCUAUGCACAUACAAAGAAAAAACUUGAGAACUUUAGUCCUCUCAACCGAAUGGACUUCAAGUAAAUUUGCAAAGGAAACUUUGGGGAAAGAAGUUGUCAAUCUUAUUAUUUCUGCCCACUUUUGGGAUGAUGUUGUUCGAGCACUUACAGUUUGUGGCCCUUUGAUAAAAGUGUUUCGUUUGGUGGAUGGGGAGAAAAAACCACCAAUGGGCUAUAUUUAUGAAGCAAUGGAUAGAGCUAAAGAAACUAUUGAAUGA